AAUAAAAUGUACGGAAGGUCGUCUGUUAACCUUUUUGUUUUAACACUUGUAUAUAUUUUUAAGUUUUUCACAAGACGUACACUUGUAUUUACUACUUUCUAAAAAAAACAAAUUAAUAAACUACUUGGGUUUAGCUGAUAAGGUUAGGCAGAUAAAGUUAGAAAGGCAAGGUCGAGAGGGUUUGGGCAUCUGUUGAGGAGCGACACUGUAUAUAUUGAUCAAAAGAUGUUGCAGAUGGAGUUGCCAGGCAACAGGAAAAGAGGAAGACCCAAAAGACAUUUUAUGGACUUAAUGACAGAGCACGUAGACAUUGCUGUUGUAAAACUAGAGGAAGCAGGGAAUAGAAUGAGGUGAAAGCAAAUGAUCUGCUGACAUCUGAAGGGAACAGCCAAAAGAGUUUGAAACUCACCUUCAUAUGGUCAGUUCCAACUAAUCUAAUCCCCUAUUUGCAUGUUUUUGACCACGGGGUGAUGUUGGAGUAGCUAAAGAAAACUAAUGCACACACAAGGAGAACAUGCAAACUCUAUACAAAAGACAUGGAAUGGAACUUGCAAACAGACGGACUUCUUGCUCUACAACAACCACUGGACAUUGUGGCUCUUACUUCUAAACAUUUUUUUAACUCCCUCUUAUUUAAUCAACCGGACAACACAGAGUGUCUACUUCAGAUGACAAUCCAAUACACCGAAGAAGAUUGGUCCCAGGGGGACCCACGUACACGCCUCAGUUGCAUGGGAUACCUUCUCGCGCCCCAACAAUAGAGUGGAACAUACCACCAUUACCGAUUAUACUGGGUUGCGUCAAUGUAAACGACCACUUCUUCUAAUACCUUCGGGUGGUCGGUGGGUGUUUAUCAGAUGUGGCUACAAUUAAAAUAAGUUAACAUGUGACAUCAUCUUUCGUCACGUCGAAAGAAUCCAGUUUAACGUCAGUUUUUCUUAGUAUUGUCAUAAAACCGCCCCCAGAAGAAAAGUCAGUGGGUCGGUCUCCGUCGCCACCGCCUCUUCCAGCAGCAGUACAUUUGAUAUCCGAGACAGUACAAUCAUGGAUCCGAGCCGGAGAUUUAAAGUGCUGGAUUCAGUGGCAUGCUCCGCUGCUCACUGAGGAUGGAAAAGGAUUAAAGAGGAUUUUUAACACAAUCGUAUCAGUUAGUGGCGUAGCAGCAGAAGGAUGCCGCUGGUGAAACGCUCCAUCGAGCCCAGGCACCUGUGCCACACGGUGCUGCCAAGGAACAUCAAGAACGAGCUGGAAUGUGUGACUAACAUCUCCUUGGCCAACGUUAUUCGUCAGCUCAGCAGCCUCAGUAAAUAUGCAGAAGAUCUGUUUGGGGAGCUGUUCAAUGAAGCCCACUCCUUCUCUUUCCGAGUCAACUCCCUGCAAGAGCGUGUGGACCGUCUGUCUGUCAGUGUCACACAGCUGGACCCUAAAGAGGAAGAACUGUCUCUCCAGGACAUCACCAUGAGAAAGGCUUUCAGGAGUUCUACUAUUCAGGACCAGCAGCUUUUCGACCGCACAUCGUUGCCCAUCCCACUGCAGGAGACCUUCCAGACUUGCGAGCAGCCGCCGCCUCUCAACAUCCUGUCGCCCUACAGGGAUGAUGGAAAGGAGGGUCUAAAAUUCUACACUGAUCCGUCCUAUUUCUUUGAUCUGUGGAGGAAAAAGAUGCUGCAGGACACUGAGGAUAAGAGGAAGGAGAGGCGAAAACAGAAGCUGGAAUUUCCCUAUCUAGUGCGUCCCACUGGCUUUAUAAGCCUCCUCUCUGAAACCCCUCCUCCCUUCCUCACCCCCUCAGAGUUGCAGGAUCCCCGCAUGUAUGAUCAGGUCUAUAGGUACUUAGACCUUCCAGGGCAGCUGAAGGCCAUCGACCGCCCGCAGGAGCCAGAGAAGAUACCACGGGUGCCUCACGAUCGCAAGAAGGAGUGGCAGAAACUGGCGCUGGGCGCAGAGCUGGCCCAGGACAUUCCAGAAGACAAACACCGAGAGGCCAACGGAUCUGUAGGAUAUCACAACAACAGGGCUCCGCUCUACGCGGAGCACUUGGACGGGCCCUUCUCUCUGGCAGCGCCGCCCCACACCCAGAUGAACGAGCUGCGGAACCGNACCGGGGACAGAAUGUACUCACGGCCCAACGACCCACCGCCUCCUCCUCCGCCUGUUCACCCACUGGGAGAGAUCAAGCCUCCCUCAGUGAUCAGCUCCAGUUCUGGUUUUUCCGACAGCAGACCUCAGUCUCCUGCCCGGACAGCAGGCCUCAACUCCAAUACACCUCCUCCUCCACCUCCUCCUCUGCCCCCUCCACCCCCCCCUUUACCCUCCUCAGGGCUGCGGGGCACUCCCCCUCCUCCCAUUCCACCUCUGCCAGUCCAGCAGCAGCCACAGGCCAUCCCACCUCCUCCUGCUCCACUUCAAAUCGCUCCAGGCGUGCUCCAUCCGGCUCCUCCGCCCGUGGCGCCUCCACUCCACUCCUCUCCGGCACGUCUCCAGCAGGUUAUGGACAAAGGCUCAUCCAUGGGCUCUGGGACACAGUCAGAUGGCUCCAUCCUGCCUCCACCCCCUCCGCCUCCGCCUCUGCCUCUACCCGGGGCAAGGAGCUCCUCCCCAUGUCCCUCAGGCCCACCACCUGUGCCGGCCUUCCCCUCAGCAGCAGCCAUGGCCUCGUCAUCACCGCACACUGUCCACGAUGUGGGGACCAAGAGGCACCAUCCAGCAAAUCUGCCGCCUAUCAGCGAUGCACGCAGUGUUCUGUUGGAGGCCAUCAGAAAAGGCAUACAACUGCGAAAAGUGGAGGAGCAGCGAGAGCAAGAGGCCAAGCAUGAGCGGGUCGGUAACGACGUUGCUACCAUCCUUUCACGCCGCAUCGCCGUGGAGUACUCUGACUCUGAGGACGAGUCUGAGUUUGAUGAAGGGGACUGGAUGGAGUGAAGGGAAACACUGUGGACAGCAGAGGAGACAAGUGAUCAGGUGGCCCCUUCUCAAAACAACUUCUCCUUCUCCAGGAGAGAAUCCUAGUCGUACUUCCUUCAUGGAGAUGUUUUUUUUUUUUAAUUUAUCAUAUCUCUGGUUUGUUUGUGAUUUGUGUCUGGAGGACAGGCUCUAAAUCUAGUAUUUCCCAUGUUCCAAGACCAGUAAUUUUUGUAUUCAUUCUUUUCUGCACUACCACAGGACCUUGUUUAUCUGGAGUUCUUCUGAUGAAAGCCUCCAUGUUUACUAUAACUACAUGAUAACUUUUUGUUUUUGGUGGGGGUAAAAACAAACACUUGAUUUUUGUUGUUUAACUGUUCAUUGAGGAAAAACAUGUUAAAAAAUAAAAAAAAUAAAAUAAGAGGUGGGUUGUAUCUGCUCCAAGUCCUCAAUACAUAGUUGCCACCUGGUGGCCGAAUUUGGCAUUUGAUUAAUGCCCCUUUAAUGUCUUUUAUUUAACAUUUCCUGCAGAAAGUCUUGCAGUUUUUGAAGGCCAGUAGCUGCGGACAUGACCACUACAUGAACAGUCACCGAGUGUGGACUGCCUGUUGUUUUCUCUUUCCUCAUUAGGACUGACUUAACACUAAGAACAAGCUUAGGUAUGGGUUGACGAGUCAUUGGAUGAUUGUGUGAAUGAAAGUUUCCCGUCGUCUCCAAGCAACAUGUGAAGCCUGUCCAGCCCACGCAUCUGCAUUUGACCACGACCCCAGGGACAACAAUACGCCAAGAGACUGUCCUGAAGAGCCAUGAAUGGUCACGUUGACAUCAGGAAACUUAAAAGAUCAACUCUGAGCCAUUCGUUUUUAAGAUAGGAACUCCAAGAUUUCUUCUUAGCCACAGAUAUGGAGGCGAUAGGAUGAAGUUGUACGCCUUGUUCACGUGAAUAUUCACCGUGCUGGGGUAAGAUGUUCUACAACUCGGAAAACCUUGUAGCACCGCAAAGGCAGCUUUGGUUUUUCCUCAGAUGCCUCUUUUACUGUGGUCCUGCCAACUAACGAGAAUCAUUGUUAAUCCUCGUUCAGUUCCACAUCAGCAAACUCUCAUAAAACAUAAGAAACGUGUGAAAUCUGCUUUUGCAGGCCCGACGAAGGACACACCACGCCUUGUUGUAGCUCAUUUCAACGUAAAUGUCUACCAUUUUCUUUUGUCCGUUUGUUUGUUUAUUCUUUCUUCUACUUGCCUUAUUGUUCGUACAAACGUAUCGUUGAGUUAAUGAAUGUAUUGUGCUGUUACUACUUACUUGCCUGCGCUUGUAUGGAUUUGCUGUUUCUAUGUCUUGGGGAGGGAGGGUGAGGGUCAAAGGACAGAGCAACAAAAAAUCUCUGGUCCCCAAAAAAAAAAAAGAAAAGGAAAAAGAUUUAAUCAAUACUGUAAAACAUGUAACUUAUGUAACUGUUUACUGUAACAGUUUGCUUGAAAUAAUAAAAAUCUAAUGUUAUGUUUCAA